GCAGUUUUACAGCUCAGAAACCAAGGCCGGAAGUCACAGCCAGAGUAAAUGGAGCCAAGAUUUGCCUGUGGGUCCUGGGAGGAGGAGCUUAGAGCCUAGAGCUGGUGAGGUUGACCCAUGAGGUCACAAUGUGGCCUCCGCAGGAUAGAGUGAGGGCAGUGUGCCCCUCCCCCAGCCAGAGGGCAGGGCAGAGGCAGCGGGGGCUGGGGCCCCCAGUGGUGACCAGCCCUGCCAUGGGAAACAACAGUUCUCACAAGAGGACCAAAGUGCCCAAACGGGCCUGCAAGGAGAGGCCACCCGACAUGGACAAGGCUGGGCAGAAACAGCAGUUCUUCAGCCACCUCAAGCAGAAGAAGCCAAGUGCCAAGAUCGUGCUGCUUUUCCCCUUGGACAAGCGGCAGCAGCUAGCCGAGGUGGCGGCGGGCCCAGGCGCGCGGCCCGGGCGGCCAGGCGAGGACGCGACGGGUGCCCCGGUGGGCUCCCCGGAGGCGGCGCCCAUGCUGCGAGGAGCGGGCGACUGCGCUGAUCGGCGCGAGGGCGCACGCGCGCGCGAGAUGAAGAAGAUCUUGGUCCUGCUGCUGCUGCUGGACGCGCGGCUGCAGGAGGCGGGGCGCUGCGCGGCGGGCGCGCCCGGGGCCGCGGCCAAGAGCGCGCAGGGCUGGCAGCGGCUCUACUCCCGCCUGCUGACCGUCGUCGAGGCGGACCGCGAGGCCGACCCAGCCGAGGAGCAGCGGCGCAAGCGGGGCCGCUGCCCUCGCCCGCGGCCCUGAGUUCCCGGCCGAGCCCCCGGCCCGUGGCCCAGUAAAGAGCACAUAGCAA